AGUCUUCUAGGGCAAAUGCAACCUCAUAAAAAUCACGUCGACUUCCCUUUCCAGAUAACUCAACAGGAUUAGCAACCAAGAGACGAGUUCUGCAUCAGGGGCCACGCGGCUGGUAAUGGUGACUCUCAUUGGAUGAAGCAUCUCUUCCUUUAGGCGAGAACACAAAGCAACGUUAUAGUUUCAGGGUACUCUGGUAUUUGCAUUUCUCUGGUUGGUUUGCCUACCUGGAUCUACUCCUCCAUUCACGAUCAGGCUAAUUUGUUUGCUGGUUUUUGCAAAGAAUGUUUGCUGUAGUGUAUGAUAGCUGUGGUGGUCCUAAGGUCUUGAAGUGGAAAGUGGUUGAAAAUCCCGUACUCGAUUUUAAUGAGGUUUUGAUCAAGGUUGAAGCCUGUGGCGUUAAUAGAAGAGACUUAUGGAUACGGGAAGGCAUAUAUCAACACUUGGGAAAGAACAAAUAUUUGGGCUUUGAGUGCUCGGGAACUAUUGUAAAAAGAGGAGCAGCAGCUUCUAAAUUGCCUAUAGGCUCCAAGGUUUGCGCUCUUCUUAAUGGUGGAGGAUAUGCGGAGUAUGUGGCUGUUCCAGAAGACUAUGUGAUGUCUAUACCCUCUGGGUUAACUUUUGAGCAAGCUGCUGCAAUACCAUGUUCAGCAUCACUCAUUUGGCUCAGCUUUUUUGAAAGGAACAAUCUUAUUCGUGAUGACAAAGUUUUGAUUCAUGGGGCAGCAGGGGGAGUUGGUUCAUUAGCGGUCAGAAUUGCGAAAAGUCUAGGGUGUGUUGUAUUUGCAACAGCAGGAUCCGAGGAAAAAGUAGAUUUUUGCAGGACUUUAGAUGCUGAUUUUGCCAUUAACUACAAGAAGCAGGAUUUCUCUGAGGUCGUGGCUCGUGAAACUAAUGGGACUGGGGUGAAUUGUGUAUUAGAUUGUCUUGGAGAUGAUGUUGUUGACCAGAAUUUGAAAAGCCUAGCGGUUGGCGGUAAGCUUAUAUGUAUUGGAUAUAAAGAUCAUUGGAAAUGGAGUUCCGUGGAGAUGAAGGAUCUUGUCUCUAAAGAUGCAACAAUCAUGGGGAUAAAUAUAAACACCUUUAAUGUGGUUGGAAAGCGUAACAUGCUUGAAGGGAUCCGGCGAGACAUUUGGCCUCUUCUAAACAACAAUCCCCACCUUGUGGACGUUUGUGCGACUUACUCAUUUGCUCAAGCCACACAAGCACACACCUUAAUGGAGAAGAACCUCCAUCGAGGAAAGAUUGUGCUAUUACCCCGUACGGACCUUCCUUAAAGGAAGGAAGGUGGAAAAUCUCUCUAGUUUCCUUCUCAUAUUUGUAUAAAAUAGGAGUUGCUUGAUAGUUGGAACCAAUAGCGGCUGUUCACAAAAUUUGUUUUUGCAUUCUGGCGCUUGCUUCAGCU